AUGGAUUCUAAAGCAGAUCAGUGGGCAGUCAAUCUUACGGAUAAAAAGUACGUGAAGAAUAUCAAAAUGGUAGCGUCCAGCCGUAUACCUGCUCCCCCAGGAUUCUACUCUGUAGACGAACGAGAUACCUCCACUAAAACAAAGAAGGGAGUCGACGCUAAUGUCAAAGGAAAAGAAAUCGGAGCCCUACAACUUCAGAAGGCAUGGCAGAUUGCUUUCCAGCCAGCAAAGAGUAUCCCUAUGAAUGUUUUCAUGUCUUAUAUGUCGGGAACGUCCUUACAAAUCAUUCCUAUAAUGACAGCUUUAAUGUUACUCUCAGGGCCUAUAAAAUCCAUCUUCAGUGUUAAGAAAGCGUUCAAACCAGUACUGGGGAACAUUGAAACCGAAGGAAAAAUUAUGGGUGCCAUGGCUGUCUAUAUCAUCUGCCAACUAGCACUGAUGUACAUUGGUCUACGGAAACUGAACUCUAUGGGCUUAAUUCCAAACACCAAGAGCGAUUGGCUCUCUUGGGAGAAACAUGUAGAUUAUAACAAUGGGAUGAGAUCUUUUGCGUUUUAA